CUGGGAACCCGCGGAACCAAGCGCAACGUGCGGAGCGCCUGGGCGGCGGUGGCGGCGCACGCUAUGGCUCCGGCCGGAGACCGCGAGGGCUACUGGGGCCCCACGACCUCCACACUGGACUGGUGCGAGGAGAACUACACGGUGACCUGGUACAUCGCCGAGUUCUGGAAUACAGUGAGUAACCUGAUUAUGAUUAUACCUCCAAUUUUUGGUGCAAUUCAGAGUGUUAGAGGUGGACUGGAAAAGCGGUACAUUGCUUCCUAUUUAGCACUCACAGUGGUAGGAAUGGGAUCCUGGUGCUUCCACAUGACUCUGAAAUAUGAAAUGCAGCUAUUGGAUGAACUCCCAAUGAUUUACAGCUGUUGUAUAUUUGUAUACUGCAUGUUUGAAUGUUUCAAGACAAAGAACUCUGUAAACUACCAUCUGCUUUUUACUUUAGUUCUGUUCAGUUUAAUAGUAACCACAGUUUACCUUAAGGUAAAGGAGCCUGUAUUCCAUCAGGUCAUGUAUGGAAUGUUGGUCUUCACAUUAGUAGUUCGAUCUAUUUAUAUUGUUACAUGGGUUUAUCCAUGGCUUAGAGGACUGGGUUAUACAUCCUUGGGUGUAUUUUUAUUGGGAUUUUUAUUAUGGAACAUAGAUAACAUCUUUUGUGAUUCACUGAGGAACUUGCGAAAGAAGGUGCCACCUAUCAUAGCUGUUACCACACAGUUUCAUGCAUGGUGGCAUAUUUUAACUGGCCUUGGUUCUUAUCUUCACAUCCUUUUCAGUUUAUAUACAAGAACACUUUACCUGAGAUACAGGCCAAAGGUGAAGUUUCUCUUCGGAAUCUGGCCGGUGAUCCUGUUUGAGCCUCUCAGGAAGCAGUAAUGAAUUAUUUCACCAGUAAAACAAAAUAACACGUACCAUAGGCCGGGUCAAAUGAUUAAGGAAAUCGUCAGAGAUUUACACGUUCAAAUAUAUCAUGACCAUCGCAGCAAAGGAGUGACUUUCUGACUAAUGCUGCCAGCCAUACAGAGAAUGAGGAAUGGGGCUUGUUGGAUGUUUAGCUUGUGUCUUUAUCUCAUUUGUCUUCCUCCUCCUCGCCGUCACUCUAAGAUGUUUCAAAAGAAACAGGCAUGAUGUGUAUGUAUAUACUCAAAUGCUGGAAAUAUUGGGCUUUUCUUAACAGGUUAACAGUUUGUGCUGAUCAUAGGAAAUUAACCUUUUUCUCUUUUUUGACAAGGCUUGCAUGUGAAUUAAACUUUUCUUAAUAUUUGAUUAAAUAAUGAAAACAGUCAGCUAAGGACUGGCAAAACCCCAUAUCCAGAUGGCCAGCUAUGAGGCAGCACUUAGCUAUUUCAGCCUUGAUUUAUAUUUUUGUCAUAGUAACUUCAUGGAUGGUUUCCCAAGGUAAAAAAAAAAAAAAA